AUGGGGUUGAGACAGGGGGUUGGACUGAACGCACCCAGGCGACUGCACCUCUACACUGGUGGUGACAUACGCAGCCAGUUGUCGGACAACUUCGAUGUCAAGGAAGACAAGUUUCAUGUGAUGCUCGAUCUCCGCGCCGAGCAGGGCGAUCCAAAAGCUGUUGUGGCGCAGCGGAGUUGCUUACAGCUUGCAUUCGAUGACGCUGGUCAUGGGCAGGUUCAUGUGCACACGCAGCUGGUGGAGUGCGCGAAUGUCGUGCGUGCGCUGACACCGCUCUACGGCACUAUGCCGAAUCCCAGGAAGUUUGGCGGCUCCUUCGAGGGUGGCGAAUGUGUAAUUUGCCUGGAGAAGCCCAAGGAGGUCGCCAUCCUCCACUGUAGGCACGUCUGCCUGUGCUCCAGCUGUGCGCAGAUCACCUCUUCCACAUGGCGGGGACCUCUGCAUCAACUCCGCAGGGCUAGAGGGCCGAAGGAAGUUCGCCGAGUUCGCUGUGCUGGUUUUUGGCUUCGGUUUGGGGGUUUGGUCGUAAGUUCGUCAGGAAUUUAG